AUGGAUCUGUUUAAAGAGACCAUUGCUGACAGCAGGAAGAAGGUUCCAGUGGAGCACUUGGAUUAUGGUUACAUUGAAAUAUGUAAAGAUGUGAAGUACCUGGAGAAGAUCUUAAGAGUUCUGAGGUCUGGAGAUGAGGGUAUUUAUCCUAAAUUGAUUGAGUUCUGUGAGAAUCAUCUGGAAAAACUGGACCCAAAGAGUCGAGCUCUCUGGAAAGAAAACCCUGUGUCUACAGCUGCCAGUCUUUCCAAAGAUGAGUGGAACCAAAUUGCUGAUGAUUUAAAGAUGUGGCAAGAAGAGACAAAAAAGACUGAGGCUUCACUUAAACAGGUGCCAAUAUUUGAGGAUGUAACAAAUGAAAAUAUUCCUCCCGUAAGAGGUUCUAAUCAUUCAGUUCCACUUACGCAGGCAAAGAGAAAUCCCUCAAAACGUGCUCUACCUCGUGAUCCUCGAGAAUGGGACAAGUUUGAUGUGGAGGAAGAAUGCAAAAAAAUUGAUGGAAACAUGAAGGAAACGGAUCAAGCUGCUGCUAUAAAUGCAGGAGCUCCAAAUAUCAAGACUAAUGUGAACACCUCAUUGCUGACACAACCAGAAAAGCUCCUCCUGGCAGCCCAUGAAAAAGACAAAGGCAAUGAGGCUUUCAGAGCAAAUGAUUAUGAGGAGGCGGUUGCAUACUAUUCCCGGAGCCUUUCCAUUAUACACACUGUGGCUGCAUACAAUAACAGAGCCCAGGCAGAGAUCAAACUCGAGCACUGGCACAACGCCAUGAGAGACUGCCAGAGAGUACUUGAGCUGGAGCCAGGCAAUGUGAAAGGCCUGCUACGUCGUGCCACGGUGCAUAAACACAUGGGUGACUUUGAACAGGCUGCUGAGGAUCUAAGGAUGGUGCUUCAGAAAGAGCCACAGAACACUGCAGCUUUAGUAAGUGACGGAUGAACUGACUAUGACAGUAGCUUCCAUGUCCAGUAGAUGUCGCUGUAUUUGUGUG